AUGACAGAAAGGUGUAGUCUGUGGAGUGCCCUGUCGGCUGCGGCGUGUUGCUUCUACCGGGGGUCCUUCAUGCAGGUGCAGUUCUCAAAGGAGAAGUACCUGCUGGAGUCACCGCCUGAGAAGCUCCGUAAAGAACUGGAGGAAGAACUGAAGCUCAGUCCUGCUGACAUCCGGAGCCAUGGCUGGUACCAUGGCCACAUACCCAGAGAGGUAUCGGAGACUCUUGUUGUGAGGAAUGGGGACUUUCUGGUGCGAGACUCUUUGACUAGUGUAGGAGACUAUGUACUGACGUGUCGAUGGGACAACGAGGUUCUUCACUUCAAAAUCAGCAAAGUCCUUGUCAAAUCCACUGAAACAAAGGUGCAGUUCGUGCUGGAGUCCGACACGUUUGACUCGGUGCAGGAGCUGGUCAGAUACUACAUUGGGCAGCGUAAAGUGGUGUCUCAGUCCAGUGGAGCCCACAUCUAUUGCCCCGUGAGCCGGACCCUGCCCCUGCGAUACCUGGAGGCCACGUUUGCCCUGUCCCACAAACAAGGCUCCGUCUACUCCCCCUCCAGCCACAGAGGCUCCUACAUCAAGAGGAGGAGUGUGACCAUGACCGACGGUCUGACGGCGGAGAAAAUGAUACCUCACAGCCCGUCCACCAUCCACCACCAUAAAGACGCAAUGCGCAACUGUGCCAUGAGCAUGGACCAGAUCCAGGAGUACCGCUGUCCGCUGUCCCCAGUGGGAGAAGGACCCAUGUCCCCUGCCUACACAGCCAGUACGCUCACACCGGCGAACCACACGGUGAUGGAGGAGGUGAUGGAGGAGGUGAUGGAGGAGGUGCUGGAGGAGGUGCUGGAGGAGGUGAUGGAGGAGGUGAUGGAGGAGGUGAUGGAGGAGGUGAUGGAGGAGGUGAUGGAGGAGGUGAAGGAGGAGGUGAAUGAGGAGGUGAUGGAGGAGGUGAUGGAGGAGGUGAUGGAGGAGGUGAUGGAGGAGGUGAUGAGGAGGUGA